AACUAAAAAGAGAUAUAUAAAAACUGAUAACACCAAUUUUUUUGUCCCGUAUUCGGCCCUCCAUAAAUAUGGCCGCCGUAGGUAUACAUUUUAAAACGGUUAAGAAAUUUGGCUCGUAACAUAACCUCCUCCUUUACAUAAAAAUGUUUGGUGCCGGUGCCACAUAAAACUUUAAGUAAAAUCUAGUUUUGUUAAAUAAGACUUGUAUUGAAACAUAAAUGUUCCACUUUUGCAAUCAUUUUUAGACAUAUUUUUUCAUUGUCACACAAAUUUAUUGUUUACUUUUUUCGGGUGAUAUUAAAAAAUAUCCUUAUAAUUUGAUGCUACUAUUAGAUAUUACCGUUUAAAUACAAAGGCAUGUAUUUUCCCAUACAAAAAUUGGCAAUGGCUGAGUAUUCUGCCGAAUUAAUGGUUUAUUUCGAGAAACAUAAAAUAAUUGAAAUUAUAACGCGCUUGAUGGCCGAAAUUGGCCUUAUACGACCUACCAACCCACAGCAUUGGAUAGCCAAAAAUAUACGACGCAUUGCCGACGAGUUUUAUCAUAUGUGCCUAAAAGCAAGCUAUACGAACAGCAAUAUAGAUUACUACCAACUACCACGCCGCUUCCAUCAUCGCAUAGUCGUAUUUGGCCGCAGCGGUUCUGGUCGGAAAACUCAGGCAUUGGCUAUGACAAAACGUUUCAAUUUAGUUUAUAGUAAGUCAUAUUUUUGAGAAAAAAAAUAGAUUGAAUUGUCAACAUACGAAAUUUUCGUAGUUGACGCUGACCAACUAAUCCAUGCAACUUUCUUUCUCAACGACGGCUUGUCAAGAUUGUUGCAUAAAGCAUUCGCCGACAAUGUGACAAAGGAUAAAUCGAUGGUCGUAGCUGAGAUCAUAAAAAGGCGCUUGGCACAAAUGGAUGCCUUGCGUCAGGGUUGGGUAUUGAUCAAUUAUCCCCAUAAUGUUGAGGAAUUCACAGAAAUGUUUGAAAAAUUCAAAAUUCCACCCAAUAAACUUGUGUACUUGCAGUGUCCCGAAUUAAUGGCACUGCGACGCUUAGUGACAAAGCCAGAUCUGGGAUGCCCACAAAAUACAUGCAAAUAUAUAGAACAUGAGGUAAGAGUUCGAAGUAUUUAGGAGAACUCUUACCUUUUAGCUAUAAUACUCUCGAUGAAAAUAGUCUUGGCAUUAAAAUUAAUUUUUCUGUUUUCUACGAUGUAAUAGAUGAGAUAUUUCUCGCGCAAUGAAGCUACGGUAAAUGAAUAUCUUGCACGUCGCCACGAGACAAUCUACAUAGAUGCGACACGUUGCUUCGAAGCGGUGAGUACAAAUUUAUGGAGGCAAAUGGAACGCUUGCCAUAUGUGAUGGGUUAUAAAAGUUAAUAACUUACUUCGCUAUAACAAAAUUGACAUGAAGCGUUUUCAUAAAAUACAUACAUAUAUACAUACAUACUUAUAUAAAAAAUGCAGCAGUUACAUAAUUUUCUUACAUAGCCUCCCACGAAGCUAUGUUUUCUUACACCGUGUAUAUAUAUUUUGUAUAAAAUAAAUGUGAUUAUUAAAAGCAUUAUAAACUACACUACUGAGUAUUUCAAGUGCGAAAGUAAGCUAAAAAUCCGUUUGC